CACGGCCGGGCACGAUAUGGCGGCGCCUGGAGAGGCUGGGGGCGGCGGGGGAGGGUAGCGGCGGCUCGUACCGGCAGCCCUCCCCCUCCGCCCCGGGACUACAACACCCACAGUGCCCCGCGGCAGCGGCGGCGCUUCCGGGCGGCGGCGGGGGCUCCCCGGCGCCGCGCCCAGUGGAUGGCGGUGGCGCGGAGCAUGGGGCCAGAGCGGGUGUGUCCCGAGGAGCCGGGGCCGCCGGAGGUUCCCGACGGCACGGCGGGCUGGAGCGGCGACGAAGAAGAGGAAGAGGAGGAAGAAGAGGAAGGUGGCGGUGGCGGCGGGUACUUGUACCAGCCGCUGAGCCAGGAGCCGGAGCAGGGCCCCGGCGAGGCGGGCCUCCCCGCCGCCCCAGCGGGCUGCGCUGAUGUGGGCCCCGGCCUGCAGGAGCGGCUGCAGAUGCUGAGGCUGCACCUGCCCGACCCGCCGGCAGACAGCGAAGAGGAGGAUGAGGCAGCGGCAGAGGAAGGCGCCGCGGCUCAGAGCAGCCGCAGUUCCAUCCCCAUGGAUGCAGAGCACGUGGAGCUGGUGAAGAGGACGAUGGCCAGUGUGAAGCUUCCCACCUUGGGCAUCCCCGCCUGGGCCAGCCAGAUCUCGGAGGACCAGUGGAAGGACGUGGUGCAGCGCACGCUGCAGGCCCGGCAGAGCCUCGGCGGCCCCAGGCCUGAGUGGAAGUGAGGGCCAAGCUGUGGCAUGGGGGCUGCUAACCCCAGCCCUCCCUCUGCUGCGCAGGUGAGGCAUGCACCCGCUACCUCAGAGCUGGGUGGUGACGGGACUUGCCAGCAUCGACCUUCCAGUUUCUCCCUCUGACAUUGUCCAACUUCCCUUCCUGCUCCUCUUUUCCUGGUUCUGGCUGGCGUGUGAGUCGCUGUGAUGUCCUUGUGUCGGCUUCCUCUGCCACCGAGGAACCCAACCAGUUUCCAUACCUCUGUGUGUGUGUGUGGAGGGCGAAGGCUUGGUUGGCUUUGCCCAGCUCCCCUUGGGAAAAACACUGGAAUUGUCCCUGUGCUGUCAGUGCUCUCCGUGCCAGGGCACCUCCUCCCAGCACAGGGGCUGCGUGUUGGAACAUCAAAGGUGGAGUCCAAUGUGUCUUUCCAAGAGAUUGGUUUUAUUUAGUUCUGUACAUACAGGGACAUCUGUACAAAAUCCAACACUUUCAUACUAUGUAAUGCUCUACUGAAAAUAAAGUACACCAUAUGUACAUAUGAA